AUGUCGGCCCCAGCUCCCACCAGCAGCCCCAGAUUAGGCCUGUCACUCUGUUGGACUCCCCACCUUCCCUCUCCCCUGCCUGGCCCCGGGGCCCUCAGGCCGUUCUCCUGGACUAGACAGCGCUCUACUAAGGAGCAGGAACCACAGCGCAGUGUUUGCCUCCACAAAGCCCAACGCAGUGCCCGGACGCUGAAGUGUUCUCUACUCCGAGGAGACCCUGGGGACCCCAGGACUGGCAUCUGCCCAGGGCCCAAGCCAGUCGAGGGCAGCCGGCCGCCAAGCCCGCUCCCGGCGCCCCGCAAACAACCGCCAUGCAGGAACACGGGCUCCCAGGCCCCGGGGCAGGAAGCAGCCCACCCACCUGCGGCGACGCGAGGCGCCCACGGAGAGGCUCCGAGGAUCCGCAGCAGAGACCAGACGGGCGGGCCUCCCUCGGAGGGCGGUGUCCAAGCGCCACCUGGUUUCUGGAACUUCCUACAGAUGAAACCCUACACUACAGCAUGGACUCUUUGUGUGUUUGGAGGGUUCAGCCGUGUUGUGGCCGCGUGCACCUUGUUUGUUGUGAUCGCUGUGUAGCAUCCCAUCACAUGACUGCACGGUUUGCACAUCCAUCCUUGGAUGGCUAUGAUGGACAUUCUGGUGGUUUUUAGUUUGGAGCUAUUACGAAUAAAGCUGCUAUGAGCAUUCUUG